AUGGGCAAGUCUUCGAAGCGCUCCCGCGACACCGCGGAGGACGUCAACUCCAUCGCCAUCGUCAAGAAGAGCAAGGUCGACGAGUCUGGCAAGGCCGAGGUCACCAAGGUCGAGACUGAGGCUCCUACCAAGGUGAAGAAGGACAAGAAGGAAAAGAAGGAGAAGAAGGAAAAGAAGGAGAAGAAGUCCAAGUCCGAAACUACCGAGGAGGAGCCCACCGCCAAGGAGGAGAAGAAAGAAAAGAAGGACAAGAAGAAGGACAAGAAGGAGAAGGACAAGUCCGCCCCCGCCGCUGAAGAGACCAAGGCCGAAGAGUCCACCACCGACAAGAAGAGCAAGAAGGAUAAGAAGAAGGACAAGAAGAAGAACAAGGAGUCCAAGACAGCCGAGGAGGAGAAGGAGCCCAAGGAGGAGAAUGGCGAGGAGAAGGAGGAGGAGGAGGAAAAGGGCGCCAAGGGAUCCCGCUUCAUCAUCUUCGUCGGCAACAUGCCCUACUCGGCCACCGCCGACACCAUCAAGGAGCACUUUGCGUCGGUGCACCCCAUCUCGGUCCGCCUGCUCACCCACCGCGACCAGCCGACCAAGUCCAAGGGCACCGCUUUCGUCGAGUUCGGCCGCUUCGACCACAUGAAGACGGCGCUCGAGAAGUUCCACCACAGCGAGAUGUUGGAUGAUAAGGGUGUGCCGAGGAAGAUUAACGUUGAGUUGAGUGCCGGCGGAGGAGGCAAAACCGCCCAUCGCCAAGAUAAGAUCAAGGAGAAGAACCGCAAGCUCAACGAGGAGCGCUUGAACCGCCAGCAGAACCAGGAGAAGGCCAAGAUUGAGAAGGCCGCCAAGAAGGCCGAAGCUCCUGCCGAUGGCGCUGCUGCUCCUGCUGCGCCCGAGAGGAACGACGAGGAUGCUAUCCACCCUUCGAGAAGAGCGCGCGUGGACUUGGACGGCACCGGUGCCAAUGGUGGUGACGAUGAGUACGAUGAUGGUGGAUAUGGUGGUGGUGGCUUUGGUGGUCGUGGUCGCGGUGGCGGUCGGGGACGUGGUGGAGGUCGUGGACGUGGCGGUCGUGGUGGUGGUGGCCGUGGCCGUGGUGGUGGUGGUUUCAAGAAGUGGUAG